AUGGGCGCCUAUCUCUAUCGGCGCCUAUCUCUAUGGGCGCCCAUCUCUAGGGGCGCCUAUCUCUAUGGGCGCCUAUCUCUAUGGGCGCCUAUCUCUAUCGGCGCCUAUCUCUAUGGGCGCCUAUCUCUAGGGGCACCUAUCUCUAUGGGCGCUUAUCUCCAGGGGCACCUAUCUCUAUGGGGGCGCCUAUCUCUAGGGACGCAUAUCUCUAUGGGCACAUAUCUCUAUGGGCGCCUAUCUCUAGGGGCGCCUAUCUCUAUGGGCUGGCACCUAUCUCAAGGGGCGCCUAUCUCUAGGGGCGCCUAUCUCAAGGGGCGCCUAUCUCUAGGGGCGCCUAUCUUUAGCGGCGCCUACAUCUAUGGGCGCCUACCUCUGUGCGCUUAUCUCAAUGGGCGCCUAUCUCUAGGGGCGUCUAUCUCUAGGGGCGCCUAUCUCUAUGGGCGCCUAUCUCUAGAGGCGCCUAUCUCUAGGGACGCCUAUCUCUAUGGGCACCUAUCUCUAGGGGCACCUAUCUUUAUGGGCGCCUAUCUCUAUGGGCGCCUAUCUCUAUGGGCGCCUAUCUCUAUGGGCGCCUAUCUCUAUGGGCGCCUAUCUCAAGGGGAGCCUAUCUCUAGCGGCUCCUAUCUCUAUGGGCGCCUAUAUCUAGGGGCGCCUAUCUCUAUGGGCGCCUAUCUCUAUGGGCGCCUAUCUCUAGGGGCGCCUAUCUCUAGGGGCGCCUAUCUCUAG